ACCACUAACUCGAUCCCCCUUCCCACGUCCCCCGGGGCUGGGACGCACGGGAUCUGGAGUCCCACCCGGGGCGGGGCGCUCCGGAGGCUCCUCCCUCUGAGCCUAGGUCGCUUGCUGAGCCGCUGCAUCUCAGCGCAUCAGGCGAUGUAUCUCCGCAGGGCUGUGUCCAAGACUCUGGCGCUGCCCCGGAGGGCGCCCCCGGGUCCCGCGCCGCUGGGGAAGGACGCAUCUCUUCGCCGAGUGUCAUCCAGCAAAUUCCCUGGAACAUCUGGCUCCAAUAUGAUCUACUACCUACAUACAGAACAUGUAACGGAGCCGAAAGAACAAACAAAGGCAGCAGAGUUACAACCACUUCCAGGCGAAAAGGAGCAUGUGGCAGAAGCCGAGAAAGCAUGUUCGGAGACUGGAGAAAUGUCCGUAAAGGAAGCUGAAUCGGUAGAUGCUGGAGAAGAGGGGGCUGAUACCGGCCAGGAGGGAGCUGAUACCAGACAGGAGGCUGAAGGUACCACUGCUGCGGACCCGAGCUCCGAGGAGAGUGCCGAACUAGAAGAAAGCCCUCCCUUAGGCUCAGAACCCUCUGCCCAGCCUGAGUCACAAGAAGAAACCGAGGUCACAGCAGAAGCAGCAUCACCCCAAGGCUGAUCUGCAAAAAUCUAUAGUUGCUUUUGUAUUUUUAGUAACCUUAGCCCUUCUUCCUAGAAUAUUUUAAAAUACCUUAAAGAAUUUGGCUUUACUAAUAGAUAUUUGAUUGGGAUUUGGUGUUUUACAUGUCUCCAUAGUUUUCUACCCUCUAAAAUCAGGCUGUGUUAAGACCUUAAAUAGUGUUAAGUUCGAAUUUAAGUUUUACGUUUUAGAAAAUGAGUGACCUAUGCAACCGGUGUCACUUUGAUUUCGCUUUGCCUUUCUCAUUAUUAUAUGUAAGACUAGAUUAUUGGGUCUGACGUGAACUCAUUUAAAUAAAACUAGAAAAUCCUAAA